AAACACUCUGUCAUCUUUGUCCUCUUCAUAACAAAUUCACCAUCGAAUAGCAGCCAACAGAUUAAAGGGGAAAAAUCGGUGCUUCAAUUUUCUUGAUUACAGUUUGUUAUAAUAUUUAAGGUAAUUCAAGUGUUUAGGGAUUCCUGUGCAAAUCAGAUUUAUUAUCAUUGAUUGAUUUUACUCUUCUUUUGGGGGAAAGAAACAAGGAGGUUGAGGAAGAGGGAUCAAUAAAUUGAUGGCCAGUUGUGAUGAGAUAGGUUUUGAGUUACCUGAUGAUGUCUUGGUUGAGAUUCUUUGCCGUUUACCUGAAAAGCCUCUUAUCAGAUUCAAGUGUGUCUCCAACUCAUGGCACAACUUAAUUAACAAUGUUUGUGUUCCUAAAUUAUCAACCACUGCGCCCGUUUGCGGGUUCCUCGUUCACUCUAGGUGGGGAUAUCCUAUAAAAGACAAAAUUAAGUAUGUUAUGAAGUAUGGUACUUUGACAUCUCCUGACGCCCAAGCCGAAGCCAAAGGAUUUGUCAAGUCUUAUGAAGCCCUUUUGCCGUUUCAUCCGGCUCCAAGUGACUUUCUUGAUUGUUGCAAUGGACUCCUCCUUUUUCUCAGACGCCAGAGCCAGAGCCAGAGCCAGAGCCAGAGCCAGAGCCUCUCUCCAGUCUACCUUCAGUACUAUGUAUGCAACCCUACUACCAAACAGUGCGUGGAGAUCCCUGGUUUUGUCGCAAAAGACAACCCUCCUGCUACCAAACAGCGCGUGGAGAUCCUCGGUUUUGUUGCAAAAGAGAAAACAUCUUAUACUUGUUUGGCUUUUGACCCUAGCAAGUCCCCCCACUAUAAGGUUGUACGUAUGGUGUACACACGUCGCCAGCAUGGUGAUUAUUAUGGCACCGUAUGGGAAUUGAACAUAUUCUCUUCAGAUACAGGGAAUUGGAUUACUCGCGAAAUGCCAAUUAAAGCUCAAGUACACAGAGUGCCAAUAAAAUAUAAUCACGAAAAUGAAAAAUAUUAUGAUGAUGGAUAUGGAAGAAUAAAGUAUUCUUGGAUCAUGCGCGCUAUUUAUUUGGAUGGGGUGCUAUACAGGUUAUCAACUCUGAAGCUCCUUUUGUGUUUUGAUCUCAAUGAAAUGAAUGUUCGUGCAAUUGAGCUGCCGGAGAAGGGUACAAGGGACAUGGGAAUUAUUGGUGCAUCCAGAGGUCGUUUAUACUAUGCUUCUCACGAUGGUACUAAGGUGCUCACUUGGCUUCUAGAGGACCAUACUCUAAAACUUGCUUCUCCAUGGAUUUUGAAGCCUAUCCUCUGCAAUGACCCUUCCAUUGAAGAUCCAAUGCUCCGACUUCUAUAUUUAGUUCGUAAAUAUCAUCCAUUCGGGUUCGGGCCCUAUGCAUGGCAUCCGACUUCUGAAGUUUUGUUCCUUGGGGUUCAUAAUAUAAUAUUUAGCUAUCAUCUUGAAAGCAAAAGGUUGGAAAUUGUUCUCGAUAGGAUAGGCAUAGAAGUACACAGGGGUCGUCUUUACCCGUACUCUCGUUGCUUGGUCAGUUUGAAAGAUUUCCUUCCAAGGCAUUAUGGAUCGAAUCAAUCAUUCAGCAAUGGGAGUAAUCAAGGAAAUCCUGAUUGAGAAGGGAGAAGUUGAUAUCCGUUGAAUGAUACUGCAGAUGAGAUCUAACCAUCCAAGUAUGCAGUAGGUUAGUCGAAUGACACUGGAGAUGAGAUCUAAACUAUCCAAGUAUGCAGUAGCUAGGUUGGAAUAUUUACCGUACUCUCAUUACUUGGUGUAUGUGGAAGAUUUUGUUUUGCUAAUAUUUUACCAACUUAUCUAUUUAUGUUAAACUGCCAAGUAUCAUGUUGGUAUGAAUAUUAUCGUUGACAAUGGAGAUCAGUUUCAUCCUGAUGUUGCUUUGUCUCUGGUUACAGAGAACAAAGCUGUGAACAAGCAAAAGUAAUUACUCUCACAUUUUCAGUGGUCAGCUUAUACCAGCCAACAGAUGUUUUGCUAGACGGGUCUAAACGCUUGACUGGUCAUGAGAAAAAGCAACUGCUUCAAUCUCCCUUAGUUGGGAGUUUGCACAC